GGCGGGAGGGGAGGCGGGGCCCGCGGCCGCCAUGUUGAGGCGCCGCCCUCCUGAGGCAGAAUCAUGGCACUGAAACAGAUUUCCAGCAACAGGUGCUUUAAGGGUUUUCAGAAGGUUUUUGAGCAUGACAGUGCCGAGCUGAAGUGCAAGAUGAAAUUUGGUAUCUACUUGCCCCCAAAAGCUGAAACUGGAAAGUGUCCUGUGCUGUAUUGGCUCUCUGGUUUAACUUGUACUGAACAAAAUUUUAUAACCAAAUCUGGUUAUCACCAAGCUGCAGCCGAACAUGGGCUCAUUGUAGUUGCUCCAGAUACCAGCCCACGUGGCUGCAAUAUUGAAGGAGAAGAUGAGAGCUGGGACUUUGGCAGUGGAGCUGGCUUUUAUGUCGAUGCCACUGAAGAACCAUGGAAAACCAACUACAGAAUGUACUCCUACAUAAGAGAUGAGCUGCCUCAACUGAUAAAUGCCAAUUUUCCAACUGAUCCAGAAAGAGUGUCUAUUUUUGGUCACUCCAUGGGUGGUCAUGGAGCCCUGAUUUGUGCUCUGAAGAACCCUGGAAAAUACAAAUCUGUCUCUGCAUUUGCUCCAAUCUGCAAUCCAGUGCUCUGUCCUUGGGGGAAAAAAGCUUUUGGUGGUUAUUUGGGAUCCGAUCAAGGUAAAUGGGAGGCCUAUGAUGCAACCCAUCUUGUGAAGUCCUGCCCAGGUUCUCAUUUGGACAUUCUAAUCGAUCAAGGCAAAGAUGACCAGUUCCUUUCAGCAGGACAGCUACUUCCUGACAACUUCAUAGCCGCCUGCACAGAACGGAAAAUCCCAGUUGUCUUUAGAUUGCAAGAGGGAUAUGAUCAUAGCUACUUCUUCAUUGCCACGUUCGUUAAUGACCACAUCAGACACCAUGCCAAGUACCUGAAUGCAUGAGCACUUCAAAUUGAUGAAAUCCCCUCAAAGCAAUAUAAACGAAAUUGCAGAGACAGUGUCGUGUUAAAAAUUCUGCCUGUGAAAACGCUCUUCUGUCUUUAGCCCAAGACGUGUGGUGGUAUGUAGUUGAAUUGCCUAAAUAAAUCAUAUCCUGUAAGUACCCC